CCGUUCCAAAGACAACAGUCCUGCGCUUCCGAUCAUGUGUGCGUUCCGCCGUCGGCCUCCUCGCUCUUUCCUCCCGUAUCUUUUUCUACACGACAUCCUGCAGUUUGGCCCGAGCUGCUACGAACUGAAAGAAGUUUCCAGCAGCACGCGCCAGCUGCAAAGAGCCUUUCAAUAGGUGUGUUUAAACAGUCAGUAGGAGGACCCUGGCUCCGAACGCACACGCCCAGCUGGGUCCGAGCGGAGAAGGUCUGAGCCGGGGAGCGGAUCCUCAUAAAGAGCCGCGGAGCGGAUAGGAGGCAGGGAGGAGGCGGCGUGUGGAGCGGAGGCUUUCGAGGUGACAUCACGAGGGGGCUGCCAUGGAAGUCCGCAGGGGGGACGUGCUUCUCGGGGGAUGGAGCUGAGAUGGGAGGGACGAGUCCGCGGCAGCCGUGAUCCCGAGGAAGACUCGACCGGGGUUUCUUGGACGGUCUCUGCGGGGGCUGCUGCAGCGCGCCCGGAGGAGAGGAGAGGGAGAGAACCACCUGCCGGAGGUGUUUCCGUGCCGAGGGGGGCCGAAACGCGGCAGGAAAACUGGAGGGACGACGGGAGGGGAAGGCUCAGCCCUGGGACAUGGCCCCCUUCCUCAACUGGGCGGCCAAGGUCCCUGAGGUGUUCAACGCACUGAAGCACACAGGCAAGAGUGCCACAAAUCAGCAGGAGACGCCGGGGACCGAUUUCGGAGGCAGACGGCCCCCUGGCGAUGGCAGGACUUUUGAAGUGUUGUUCUGCGGGAGCGUCGGUGUGGAAAACAACAACACCGGUCCCUUUCUAAUCGACGAAUGCGCUGAGCAACUUGGCCUCGCUGGCCGGCCAGCUCCCGUGGACAAGACCGCCCCCAAGAUGAGCGAUGGUCUCGGGGACCUGACGGCUUCGGCCAGAUUGGCCGCUCAGAUCAAGCUCUUCUUCCAGCCCUUGUCCAAAGGAGGCGCUCGGGAGAAGGUGUCGAGCGCGGGAGAGGCCGGCGCAGCCAGCCCCCCCAGGGGUCGGGAGGCAGCUUACGGGCUAGAGGAGAACAGGACCUCCCAGGGUCAGCAGCAGGCUGGGGCCAGCAGGACUGGUCCAGCGCAGCCCACCGCCUUCCUGGAGAAUCGCCACGUGCUGCUCGUGAUAGACCCGUCGCAGGUUCGGAUUGCGAGUCCUGAACGCAAGAAAGGAUCCGGUGAAAAAAGGUUCAGCGAAAUUUCCUUCUGCUCUCAGGGAACCAAACGCCCGGAUCACUUUGGCUUCGUCUGCAGAGACCCCGACGCAAAUUCCUGCCACCAGCUCGUCUGCUGCGUGUUCCAGUGCUCCGCCGAGGCUCUGGCCGAGGAGGCGGCGCUCGCGCUGAAGCGGGCCUUCCCCUCCGGAGCCUCCCAGCCCCCGCGCGACACGAUCCGAAGCCCACAGCGUUGCCCUUUGGAGCAGCUGAACACACUCUGCAAGGCGAUAGAAGGUCUCCACUCAACUGCUGCCAAGCUGGAGCUCCAGAAGCAUGUGGCCACCCUGGAGAGCGGGCAGCAGGCGUACGUCCUCGAGAGCGUGCUGAGGACAAACCCCAAGACAGAUCAGGAGGAGAAUGAUGCUGUCGUGACUGUACUACGCCAGCUAUACCAGGAAGGACAGAAUGACCACACGUUCGGCCGGGACAGCGUUUUCAGUCAGGUCACAUUUGAUGUGGGGGGUCCAUGCGAGGCCCAGGGGACAGGCUAUGAGUCGCGGGUGGAGCAGCGGAAGCCUGGCGCCGAGCGGGACCUCAGCGGGUCGCCGGAGGUCAUCUGGAAGGGGAGCCCGACGCCCUGGGCCAAAGCUGGAAGUAACGGAGAAGGAGAAGCGGAGAGCGGCAGCCUCACCCCCCCCAGGCGCCCCAGCUCCUCCAGCUCCACCAGCGUCUCCACUUCCACCCAGGAGUUCUCGUCCGAGGUGUCCCUCUGCGCUUCGCCCUCCCCUCCGAGCCCCACGGACCUGCUGGCAUCCUCGAUGGGAGAGUGGUUCCGGCCUCGGGCGAGCACCUACAGCCACCCGCUCCCGGGCCGCGUUCCUGGACCCGCCGGUGCUCCCCAGCAGCCCACUGCUACCAUCAAGCCCAGGAUUCUGAGGCACAACUCAUUGAGCACAGACAGCCCAUACCACACCUGUGUUGCAGCGCCUGUAGAUGACGGCCUCCCGCGGAGUCACGGGCUGCCUUGGAGACAGCAGAUCUUCCUCCGAGUGGCCGCUUCCCAGAAACCUUGUGACACGCCUUCCGGAUUUACCAAUGGAGGGGCUCCUUUGGCUGAAGGCGUGGGGCCGGAGGCCAGGGUGGCCGUGGAGGGUCGAGGGAGCAAGAGAUGGCCGGCAGCCAGGGAGCGCUGGAAGAAAGCGAUCCUACAGCAGAUCCUCCUGCUGAGAAUGGAGAGGGAGAACCAGAAGCUGCAAGCCUCGGAGAGCCACCUCAAGAACAAACGCCUGAAGCUAGACUAUGAAGAAAUCACGCCCUGCCUGAAGGAGGUCACGCUUGUGUGGGAGCAAAUGCUGGGGACACCGGGACGGGCCAAAGUUCAGUUUGACAUGGAGAAGAUCCACAGUGCUGUGUGGCAGGGUGUCCCCAGGCCACGCCGAGGGGAGAUCUGGAAGUUCUUGUCAGAGCAGCACCUCCUGAGGCACAGGGUGUCCAGCCGCUCAACUGCAAGAGAAAGAGAGACCCCCUACAAGGACCUGCUUGGGCAGCUCACCUCCCAGCAGCAUGCCAUCCUCAUCGACCUGGGUCGCACUUUCCCGACACAUCCUUACUUCUCGGCCAAACUGGGCACCGGCCAGCUGUCACUGUACAAUCUACUGAAGGCCUACUCUGUCCUCGAUCCCGAGGUGGGCUACUGCCAGGGACUGAGCUUCGUAGCAGGAGUGCUUUUGCUGCACAUGGAUGAAGAAGAGGCCUUUGACAUGUUGGCCUUCCUCAUGUACGACAUGGGCCUCCGCAAACAAUACCGGCCCGACAUGAUUAUCCUGCAGAUUCAGAUGUACCAACUAUCCCGGCUGCUCCACGACUACCACCGAGAGCUCUACUCCCACCUGGAGAAGCAUGAGAUUGGACCAAGCCUGUACGCCACGCCCUGGUUCCUCACGGCCUUCGCCUCCCACUUCCCCAUGGGCUUUGUUGCACGUGUCUUUGACAUGCUGUUCCUCCAGGGGUCUGAGGCCAUCUUCAAGGUGGCCCUCAGUCUGCUAGGAAGCCACAAGCCCCUUAUCAUGCAGUAUAACAACUUGGAGGCCAUCGUGGACUUCAUAAAAACCACACUGCCAAAGCUGGGCCUAGUGCAGAUGGAGAAGACCAUCAACCAGGUGUUGGAGAUGGACCUGUCCAAGCAGUUGCAGGCCUACGAGGUGGAGUACCACGUUCUACAGGAUCAGCUUUUGGACACUCCCGCUUCCACUUCCCUGAGCCAGCAGCAGAGGAUGGCACAGCUGGAGAAGGCCAACCGCUGUCUUCGACAGCAGAACCUGGACCUAUUGGAGGAGCUGCAGGUGGCUCAUGGUAAGAUGGAUGCGCUGCAGGCAAAUGUGGUCGAGCUCCUGGGCCGCGAGGGACGCCUGCGUCAGGAGGUGGAGGCCCUCCAGAGGGAACGGGCAACACUGCUGGAAACUGUGGCUGCACUGCAGGCUGCACCCCAGCAUCCCCUUCCAACCCUCCCUUGCUAAAGGACUCCUGGCCGUUGGAACCAAACCCCAACUCCAACCUCUACACCACAGCACUCGAGAGGAGCAUGUAAAUUGAUCAGUGCUGAUCAUGACCCCAGCGACUCCAGGCGAAGUGGUUAAUGAACACGUUGGCGGUCAUUGAUGCUGGACUGGAAGGGAAAGGUCUGGAGACCCUUUUCCCCUGUUAUGUACUGGUCUAUGGAGAAGGAGGCUGGUAAAGGCGUCUGCUCAAAGCGGCAAGAAGAUGUGAUAACAAUGCAAAGACUUUUUUUUUUUGGAUUUUCCUGUGUCACACAUUACUGAAACUGUACAGACAUUGUUUUUUUAAGAAAAAGUGCAAGGCUUGAAAUAAAUUCCACUGCACUUAAUUACAGAAAAGAAAUUAAUUGCUGAAUUGUGCCAUUAAUGCCUUAAACGUUUGUAAAUUACUCAGUCAUUUCUCUUUUUUUCCCACUUAUAAAAAUGUUGACAAAAAAA